AUGGCGGCCAAACGACAGAGGCCUUGGAAGGAGCCGGACUACGUCGCUGCGACUCCUGAGCAGCGUCAAGGCUUCGUGACGGCCUGGGCCACGUGGCUUGGAUCCAUGGCUUUCUCCAGAGCGGCCUCGGGCCCCAGCCGGGCCAUCGCCGCGGCCCAGCGGCGAGCCAAGUUUCAGCGGGCGACCUACUUCGAGGAGGCUGGGCGCCGCAGCAGCUGGAGCGUCCGGGAGGUGGCGCUCUACGAUUGGCUGGUCUUCCAGUCCUGGUCCCAAUGUCCGGAAUGCAAAGUUCUGAGCGCCAAAAGCAUGACGGAGAUGGAUCUGAGAGAUGCUGGCUCGCGAGCCGCCCGGCGUGGAGCCCAGGUGAAAUGUGUGCAGUGCAAGAAAGCCGUGAAACUCUGCUACCCGGUGCCGCGGUGGCAGGAGAUCCCAGCGUGUUUGCAGGCGCUGGAGCCAGCGGACGUCUACGUGCUACGGCCUCUCGUGCUCCACCAAGGCACGCCUGAACGGCAUCCGGCUGGCUACCUCACCAAGGCUCAGCGCAGUGCCCUGUCCUGGAAACCGGCAUCGGUGGCCUCGGAAAUCGACGCGCUCGCCGACAUCGCGCAGCGCCGUCGCUGUGGCGCUGCCUAUGCCUGGCUCUGCAACGAGCCCAAGUCCGCAUAUGCCAGUUACAUCUCCGUGCACGAGCGGUUCCUGGCGCAGCAGCACCAGCUGGCCGAAGAAGACAGGAUGCCCCUGAGGCUGCCGGGCUUCCGCAUCUUGGAAGCCUAUUUGGAGUGCUGCCUUUGGCCACACCUGCAUCCUUUCCGCGACUGGUGUCCGAGCCACUCCCACGCGCCCAGCAGCUGGAAGGAACCGUUUCAGCCCUUGGCCCACGGCAGCUUCCAAGCUGAGGGCGACGAGGAGGAGGAGGAUCCGGAUGACAAUCGCAUGAAGUCCGCGAAGGCCCACUACACGUUGCAGGUCAAGUCCGAGAUCCUGGACUAUGGCCGCAGCUCCGAUCUGCUGCAGUGGCACUUCGACGUCCAUGUCUUCAGGAAAGUCGCCGUAGGCCAAAAGGUGAAAGCGAAGCAGUCGCUAAGCCCACAGACCGGCGACCAAUCCACGCACUGGAAUCCUCUCUUUUGGCAGUUCCAGCACGCCAUCUGCAUGGACGUGGUCGCACAACUGGGCCCGCCGGACCUCUUCCUCACCGUCAGCCCCUGGGAGUGGAGUCUCCCUUGGCCCUAUUGGCUCGAGCGGGCGCGGCGCAUGCGCGGCCUGGAGCCCACGGAACUGCCCGGGCAGGAGACCUUGUGUCUGGCGCACCUCUUGGUGCAGGUGGUGCGGGGCUUCCUCUGUGGCGGCACGGGACCCAAGACUUGGAGGAAGCACGUCUUCGCGGAUGCCUCGGCCCGCCGCUACACCCAGAAGGACGCGCCGCCGGACGUCGACCAGGAGGAGCAGGACAACCCGGAGCUGCUGGAGUGGCGGCGCCGCAACGUGCGCUGCGUCCUGGCACGCCAUGAGUUCCAAGAGGGCGACCGGCGCCACGACGGCAAGGGACGCGGGGCCAUGCACGUGCACGUCAUCAUCUGGCUCCUCAACGCUGCGGCCGCCGGCUUGGACAUGGAGCUCUGCGCCACGCUGCCUGCCGCCGACGAGGAUCCGGAGCUGCGUGCCCUGGCGCUGCGGCUGCAGUGCGCCAACGAGGCAGCGCGAGUGCCCCAACAUCUCGGGGGACCCACCUGGACCUGGGACCAAGACCAGCAGCGCUGGAUGCUGAAGCUCCGCCGCACACCCGCGGACCAGGACAUGAACUUGCGUCCCUUCCUCCGCUGCCUGCUCCGGGUCUUGCGCUGCGCUCAAGACGUGCAGUGGUGGUUCGGAAAAGCCGCCCUGCUUGCUUAUGUGCUGGGCUACACGGUGAAGGCCAAGGAAGACGCCGGUCGCACCUGGGCCUUGGACACCGACAACCCCUGGGCCGCGGGAGACCUCUACAGCAAGUACUGGCUCUGCGCAGAACCGCAGAUGAUGAUGACCCUGGCGCGAGAACCCAUGGUCUGGACAUCAGCGCAGACCAAAAAGAUCUUCGCGCCGGCCGGCCCCGAGCACCUGCCCGCGAUGCAUCAGGCCUAUUGCCGGCGAAGCAAGGACGAGGAGCACCUGAGCUACCUGGAGUUUCUGCGUUUGUACCGCGAGAUCCAAACCAGCCCUUUUCGCGUGGCUCGCUACAAGGCCAGCGAGAAGCCCGCCUGGCUCAUGGCCGUGGGCGUGCUGUACCAUCGCCUGCACCGCGACAGCUACUUCUGGCAGUGGCUCCUCUUCCACUGGCCGCAUCGCAGCCUGGAGCCCGAACACUUAGGCCUCCGCGAGGAGCUCUUGGAGAGAGUGGCCCCGGACCUGCGCUGGUUUGCCGUCGCCUGCGCUCUGACGCCCGACCGCUGGGGCAACGAAGACUGGAUCCGACGGCACCUACUGGACCAAGGCCAUCGCCUGGAAUUCGUGGAGAACACCGUGGCGCGCUUGGCGACCGCGCGCUUCCUGCUCGAAGCACAACAAGCCGGACGCCUGCCGAAGGGCGUCUCUGCCCAAGCCGCCGCCGCGGCUGCCGGUGGCCCGUACGCCGACUUCGACAAGCCGCUGAAUGCCGAACAAAACGCUGUGCUCCGACGACUCUGGGAGCUGGUGAAGCUGCGUGAGGAGGACAACUACCCGGAGUUGCUGCAGCAGACCCGCCCGGUGCUUCUGACGGGCGUGCCGGGCUCCGGAAAAAGCUUUGCGGUGGUGCGCUUCCUGGAUGAGGUGCUACGCCAGCAGCAGCCGGUGUUGGUGGCGGCGCCCGCCGCAAAGCUGGGGGUCAGCUAUCGCGAAAAGUUGCGUGGGGUCGUGGUCCAGACCGUGCACAAGGCCUUCCAAAUACCGGUGCACUGCGAGAAGGCAGACGAGGACGAAGCUUUGCUCUGGCCAAAGAACCUCACGCUCCAGCGCUUCCGCGUCAUCGUGGUGGACGAAGCCAGCCUCCUCGCGCAGCAAGUCUUCGAGCACAUCUACCGCACUUGGGCCGAACUGGGCUUUUGGCCCGUGCUGAUUUUCGUCGGAGACUUCAAGCAGCUGCUGCCCUUCGUUCAGCGGACCGCUGCAGCAACCGGUCCCCAGGCGAGCAACGCGCAGUGCUCCAGUCUGUGGAAACGGCUAGAGCGCCACGAGCUGCGGACCCAGGUCCGCUGUACGGACUCACGGCUGCGGGACAUCCUCGGCGUGCUGCGCGACCAGGUGCCAGACAAGCCGCUGCUCCGGCGCCUGCGAAAGAACCGAGUCUUUCCCCGGGACACGGACACGCUGCGAAAGCUGCUGCAGAAGCACGAGGGGAAGGUCACUGUCCUGGCGGGCACGCGCCGCGGCGCCGCCUGGGCCAACCGCGUGGCUCUGGACUGGCACAAGGAGAACCACGCCUCGCUGGGCCAGGUCCCGGUCUGGAACGAGGACGCCACGCAGCUGGACUACGUGGAGCUCUAUGUCGACACGCCGAUCACCAUGACCUUCAACCAAUCCGAGGAGCGCGGCCUCAUGAACGGACAGCCGGGCGUGCUGAAAGGCUGCACGCCCAUGGAAGGCCGCUGCGCGGGUUUCCGCUGUCCGGGAGGACUGCUGCUGGAGCUCGGGGGUGCUCGUGGCGUCGAGCUGCUGCCGCCGACCUACCACUGGAUCAAGAACAAGAAGGGCGAGGACGUGCUGCACCCGGGCUUCCAUCUGGAACCGGGCUACGCUACCACCGUUUACAAGGCUCAGGGCGCCACCUUGGACUUCGCUGCGUUGCUCCUGGACGCCAAAGGCGUGCCCGGACUCGGCUACGUGGCGGUGAGUCGUGUGCGCCGCUUGGACGAUCUCAUCUUCUUGGGCGACGUGGACCAGGAGCACUUCUACCCUGUCCCGGAUGCACCGCCGUAG